CGGGUCAUGUGAUGGGGGGGAGGCUGAGAUGUCAGCGGCUUCCUUCUUCAGCCCGGAUUGGGGCUUGAUCUCGGAGUAGUGUGAGCUGGAGAGCGCCCCGCUUCUUCUCCACAUCCACGUGCAGGUUCUGGAGCUGCAGCUCUAAGACGUGAACCAACAUGGUGGACUUCCUGGCCGAGAACAAUCUCUGUGGACAGGCGGUCCUGCGCGUCGUCUCCCGGGGCAAUGCCAUCAUUGCUGAGCUGCUGAGACUCUCUGAGUUUGUGCCCGGCGUCUUCAGGUUGAAGGACAAGGCCGACCAGCAGAAAUAUGGCGAGAUCAUAUUUGAUUUCAGUUAUUUCAAGGGUCCGGAGAACUGGGAGGGGAGGCUGGAGGCCAAACCAGAACUUCAAGAUCUGGACGAGGAAUUCCGAGAAAACAACAUCGAAAUCCUCACAAGGUUUUAUUUGGCCUUUGAAAGUGUCCACAAGUAUAUUGUCGAUUUAAACAGAUAUUUGGACGAUCUUAAUGAAGGGAUUUAUAUUCAGCAAACUCUGGAAACGGUUCUUCUCAAUGAAGAUGGGAAGCAGCUGCUGUGUGAAGCUUUGUACCUGUACGGGGUGAUGCUGCUGGUGAUCGAUCAGAAGAUUGAGGGAGAAGUGCGGGAGAGGAUGCUGGUCUCUUACUACAGAUACAGUGCUGCUAGAUCCUCCGCUGAUUCCAAUAUGGACGAUAUCUGCAAACUGCUGCGCAGUACGGGGUACUCCAGCCAGCCAGGGUCUAAACGGCCUCUAAACUACCCCGAGAGCUAUUUUAGCCGGGUGCCUAUAAGUGAGACAUUUAUCAGUAUGGUGAUCGGCAGACUCCGAUCUGAUGAUAUUUAUAACCAGGUGUCUGCAUACCCUUUACCAGAACACAGGAGCACCGCUCUGGCCACACAAGCUGCCAUGUUGUAUGUUAUCCUAUACUUCCACCCUUCUACCCUACAGACCCAUCAAUCCAAGAUGAGGGAGAUCGUGGAUAAAUAUUUCCCUGAUAACUGGGUUAUCAGUAUUUACAUGGGGAUCACAGUCAAUCUUAUGGAGGCCUGGGAUCCUUACAAAGCUGCAAAGACUGCUCUGAACUACACCUUGGAUCUGCCCAACAUCAAGGAGCAGGCAUGCCGGUAUGCCGCUAUCAUGGAGCGUCUUCACCCUCAAGUGCAGCAGUUCCUGAAGGAGGGAUUCCUGAGAGAGGAGUUUGUACUGGAUAAUAUCCCCAAGCUGCUGAACUGCCUGAGAGACUGUAAUGUCGCCAUCCGGUGGCUGAUGCUGCAUACUGCAGACUCGGCUUAUGACCCAAAUAACAAGCGACUCCGACAGGUAAAAGACCAAGUUCUGGCCGAAUCGAAGUACAACCCCAAGGUCCUGUUCCAGCUGCUGCUAGACACGGCUCAGUUUGAGUUCCAGUUGAAGGAGAUGUUUAAGCAAAUGUUAUCAGAAAAACAGACCAAAUGGGAGAACUAUAAGAAGGAAGGAUCGGAGCGUAUGACGGAACUCGCUGAUGUCUUCUCUGGGGUUAAACCUCUCACCAGGGUGGAGAAGAAUGAAAACCUGCAGGCCUGGUUCCGGGAAAUCUCCAAACAGAUCCAGUCCUUAAACUACGAUGAUUCCACGGCUGCUGGAAGGAAGACCGUACAGCUCAUACAAGCCUUGGAAGAGGUGCAAGAGUUUCACCAGCUGGAAAGUAACCUUCAGGUGUGCCAGUUCCUCGCUGACACCAGGAAGUUUCUGCAUCAGAUGAUUCGCACAAUCAACAUUAAAGAAGAGGUGCUGAUCACCAUGCAGAUUGUGGGUGACCUGUCCUAUGCCUGGCAACUGAUUGACAGUUUCACAUCAAUUAUGCAGGAGAGCAUAAGAGCCAAUCCUUCCAUGGUCACCAAACUGAGAGCCACGUUCCUAAAGCUGGCGUCCGCCCUUGACUUACCUUUACUGCGAAUCAACCAGGCCAACAGUUCUGAUCUCCUCAGCGUCUCUCAGUAUUACUCUGGGGAGCUGGUUUCCUAUGUAAGGAAGGUUCUUCAGAUCAUUCCAGAGAGCAUGUUUACAUCUCUAGCUAAAAUUAUCAAACUUCAGACCCAUGAUAUAAUAGAAGUGCCCACGCGCCUUGACAAGGAUAAACUAAGAGACUACGCUCAGCUGGGGGCCAGAUAUGAGGUGGCCAGGCUGACUAAUGCCAUUUCCAUAUUCACUGAGGGAAUCCUCAUGAUGAAGACCACACUGGUUGGAAUAAUAAAGGUCGACCCUAAGCAGCUUCUGGAAGAUGGGAUACGGAAGGAGCUGGUGAAACGCGUGGCGUUAGCAUUACAUAGAGGACUCAUCUUUAACCCCAGAGCAAAGCCAAGCGAACUGCUUCCAAAGUUGAAGGAUAUGGCAGCCACCAUGGAUGGUUUCCACCGCUCCUUUGAGUACAUUCAGGACUAUGUCAGCAUUUACGGCCUGAAGAUUUGGCAGGAAGAAGUGUCUCGGAUUGUGAAUUAUAAUGUGGAACAAGAGUGUAAUAACUUCCUCCGCACCAAGAUUCAGGAUUGGCAGAGCAUGUACCAGUCCACGCACAUCCCCAUUCCUAAGUUUCCUCCUGUAGACGAGUCUGUGACGUUCAUUGGGCGGCUGUGUCGUGAAAUCUUGAGGAUAACUGAUCCAAAGGUGACUUGUUACAAAGACCAGAUGAACACCUGGUAUGACAUGAGAACUCACCAAGAGGUGACCAACAACCAUCUCUUCUCGGAGAUCCAGGACUCCCUGGGGACAUUUGGAUUAAAUGGCUUGGACAGGUUACUGUGCUUCAUGAUUGUGAAAGAACUACAGAACUUCCUCCGGUUAUAUCAAAGGGUGAUUCUGAAGGACAGAACAGCUCAAGAAACACUUAGAGCUCUGCAGAAGGUCGUCAGCCCUAUAAAGGGGAUUAUAGCCAAUUCUGCGAAAAUCUAUUCUUCUGCCAUUGCCAAAACCCAGAAGAUCUGGGCCCCUUAUCUGGAUGCUAUAAUGAAGGUUGGACAGAUGCAGAUUCUACGGCAGCAGAUUGCAAAUGAAUUAAAUUAUUCCUGUAAAUUUGAUUCCAAACACCUUGCAGCCGCCCUGGACAACUUCAAUGAAGCGAUUCUAUCAGACAUCCAAGCACAUUACAAGGACCCAACCCUGCCAUGCCCCAAGGAGGACAACACCCUCCUGUACGAGAUCACUGCCUACCUAGAAGCUGCUGGGACUCACAACCCCCUGAACAAGAUCUACAUCACCACUAAGCAGUUGUCCUUCUUUCCCAUCGUCAAUUUCUUAUUCCUGAUUGCUCAGUUACCAAAGCUGCAGUAUAACAAAAGUCUAGGUAUGACGUGCAGGAAGCCAGCAGACGCCAUUGACUGGCUGCCGUUAGUACUUGGCCUCCUGACGUUGCUGAAGCAGUUCCAUUCCCGAUACACGGAGCAGUUCCUGGCACUUAUUGGGCAGUUCAUUCGCUCGUCCAUGGAGCAGAGUACAAGCCAGAAAAUCCCAGAGAUGCCAGCAGACGUGGUUGGGGCGCUCAUGUUCCUUGAAGAUUAUGUUCACUUCACCAAGCUGCCUAGGAGGGUGGUGGAAGCUCACGUGCCCAACUUCAUCUUCGAUGAGUUCAGAACAAUCAUUUGAUUGGAGAGAACCAUGAAGUUUACAUCCUAUCCCCCUGGACAGCGGCCAUGCAGCGCUCCUGGCCUGUGACCUACCUGUGUAGUACUGGUCAUAGUGAAGACCAGAGCCGGUGACUAGCCGCCCAGUUAGUAGUCUGGUUAACCCUUGCAGACCUAACACAAGGACAUCUCUCCAAUAGCACUAUAAGCCACACUCAUAUUCAUCUCUAAAUGACUUUUGGGUAAUAAAGUAAUGUACUUUUCAUAAUGAAAUGAG